AUGUUCAAUCUAUCUAGCCAAACAAAAUUAGAUCAUUCAUUCUUUGAUGAAGACUGUAGUACUUUAAGUCAAAAAUUACUUGGGUGCGAGUUAGUUCGUAAAUUAAAAGAUGAUAGCCUGGUAGCAGGAAGAAUUGUCGAGACUGAAGCCUACUUAGGCGGUGAUGACAAAGCAUCCCAUUCCUGCGGUAACAAAGCAACUGAACGUAAUCGAGCAAUGUUCAUGGCACCAGGUACCGCCUAUGUUUAUCAAAUAUACGGUAUACACUUUUGCUUUAAUAUUUCUAGUCGAGGAGAUGGUGCUGCUGUUUUGGUUAGAGCUCUUCAACCUACUUAUGGAAUCGACCACAUGACUAAAUUGAGAUUAAACGGUAAGCAGAAGAAUAAAAGAAAUACAGCCGUCGAGAAAUUAUGUAACGGACCAGCCAAGUUAUGCCAAGCUUUGGCUAUAGAUAAAACCAUAAAUUGUCUUGACUUAUGUCAAAGUAACGAGAUAUGGAUUCAGCCUAAACCACAGGAUAAGCAGCUAGAAUUGGUCAGUGCCAAAAGAAUCGGUGUUGAAUAUGCUGGUAAUUAUUGGGCAUCACAACCAUUAAGAUUUUACAUCAAAGAUAAUGUUUGCGUUAGCGUUACAGUUAAGAAGUAA